CUCAGGAAAACAUGAUGGAAGGAGUUGCAAAGCAAGAUUGGAAAAGUACAAUUCGGGACUUAAUUAAAGAACGCGACAAACGCGAGCAUCAACCUUUCCUAAGUUUAAUACAAGCACACAAUAAAUUAUUUGAAAGUGUGGAUUCAGUGCGGACAAAGAACCUUCAGCUUACGUUAGAGACGGAAAGACUAAAGCAUGAAAACCUGGAGCUUAGUUUAAAAACUGAUUCUGGUGGUGGAGGUGGGGUCAUAGGAGCAGAAAGGGUUAGAGAGCUAGAACAGAAACUAUUCAAGUUACAGGAAGAAUUGACAGAGCUUCAUAGAAAGAAGGGGGAGAACUCUCAGAGGAUUAUUGAUUUAAACAAUAUACUCCAAGAAAAAGAAAGGGAAAUCCAAAGUAAAGAUGGAAAGCUGUCUGAUAUGGAAUCCAAUAUCCGUGCCAUGGUGGCUGCUAACAAAUCAUUAGAGGGAACUAUUAUGGAGUUAGAAGCAACCAAUCAGAUGUUAAAAGAUGAGCAGCAAGCUCUGCAGCUUGCAUUUACUUCAUUGGAGGAGAAAUUCCGAAAAAUCCACGAAGAAAAUAAUGAGCUGGUGACGAGAUGGAUGGAGCAGAAAGCACUCAUGGCUGACAAGCUGAAUGAAGAAAACGAUGUCGCAUUUAGAAUGCGACAGGCCAAAAUGCAGCGGGAGUUGGCGGAGGCAGCCAAGGAACAAGUGACUAUAAAACCUGACCGCUCACACCAGAGCAGUGGGAGUAUAUCCAGUAAUCCGCCCGUACCUUUCUGCCUGAGUGUUUCCCUGCCCACCAAAGCCCUUUGUAAACUUGAUGCCCAUGAGGGUGAGGUGAACGCCAUCAGGUGGAGCUAUUCUGGCCGAUUGUUUGCCACAGGGGGCACUGAUAGGAAAAUUAAACUCUGGGAAUACAAAAGUGGCACAAUAUUAGAAGAGCUAAUGGGAAAAUCAACAGGUCGCUGUGAAACAGUUGGGACUCUGUUAGGGAGUAACGCAGGUGUCAUGUCUCUCGAUGUCAAUACAGAGGAAACCUUGAUUCUUGGUGCUUCUAAUGACUUUGCUAGUCGAGUUUGGUCACUUCAAGAUCACAGGUUAAGGCAUACGCUGACAGGACACAGUGGGAAGGUGUUGGCUGCCAAGUUUCUGGGGGAUUCCAAUAAAGUUGUCUCAGGAAGUCAUGACAGGACGUUAAAGAUAUGGGAUCUAGUCAGCAGGGCAUGUAUCAAGACAAUAUUUGCUGGCUCCAGCUGCAAUGAUCUUGUCACAUCAGACGGGUUCGGCAGCAACAUCAUUAGUGGCCAUUUUGACAAGAGGAUACGUUUCUGGGACACCAGGUCCGAGUCCAGCGCCAAUGAGAUCUCUCUGCAGGGGAGGGUCACAUCACUGGAUCUGUCACCAGAUCGUAACUAUCUCCUAAGUUGUUCAAGAGACGACACUUUAAAAAUCAUCGACCUUCGCAUGAACCAAGUGACGGGGACUUUCUGCACUGGAGGAUUUCACGUGGGCUGUGAUUGGUCAAGAGCAGUGUUCAGUCCUGAUGGAGAAUACGUGACUGUAGGGGGCGGUGACGGCACAGUAUUCAUUUGGGACAUUAAAAAGAACAAGGUUGAGAGGCAGCUGAAGGAACACAAUCAUUCUGUGGUAGCAUGUUCCUGGCAUCCAGGAGGAUCAAUGAUUUUAAGCUGUGAUAAACAAAAGAAGGUCAUUUUGUGGUCAGACUUCUAAGUACUGCCAGAAAGCAAUGAAGCAGGAGGAGAAGCACACCCAGAUUGUGUCCCAGAAGUGAUAGUAAGCACAACUUACACAAUGAGAUAUGCUGGUUCGUCAGUAAACUGGGAAGUGAUUGUGCAGCUAGCUCAACAACCACAAUCAAAUUGGAUUGAAAAUGAUAAAAUCUGCAAAUAAGAGAUAAUUGACGAUCAUAUCAAGAAUUGCUUGGUACACUAUGUGGACAGGGUUGUGCUAUUUUUGAUUGUGGUCAUGAUAUGUUAAAUGUGAAUUGUUAAGAUAUUUGCCUCAUAAACCUAAAUUGCCGAGAAGAAUUUUUAUUGGGUUGUGGUAAAGUUAAAAGUGUGACAUAUAUGUCAUGAGUGAAAACAAAGUGAAAAAAAAAACGCGAAGAAAACAUAUCUCAACUUCAGAUCCGAAAUGGCAAUUCCUGAUCAGUACCUAAUUUCUGUCAUGUAUUAACCUGUAUAUCUAUAUUUAGUAAACCUGUUAAAUAUGGUGAUAAAAUCAUGACAUACUUGUUAAAGCUUAUAAGAGCCAGUAAGUAAGCCAAGAUGUCUAUUGUAAGAGCUUAUUUUCAUGAAAGUAAAAAUGAAUGUGCAGAAAUUGAUUUUCUAUUGAACUUGUUGUAAAGGAUGCUAAUAUAUUGCUUUUUUUAAUCCCAAAGAUAAAUCCACAAAUAUCUAAAAAAAGAUCUUACCUACAAUCUAGAAGCCUGCAUUAAGCCCAUUCUCAUCAUUGUUUGUUUUAUACUAAAUGUGUUGCCUAUAGGUAAUGUAAUCUGUUACAUUAUUUGUGUACCCCAAAAGAUGCUUUUGCUUAUUGCAUAUUUAUUAAAGGAAGCACUUUUCCCAGCUAUAUGUUGUGUUGUUGUAUUUUGUUAGUGAGGUGCAAUUGUUUUUCCCAUGUAUGAGCACUUGCAUGAAAUGUAACACGAAAAAGUGAAUGAUUUUAUGGUGGACUUCUUUAGAAACUUGGUAUUGUUUUCCAGAAUUUGCUUUUUAUUGUUGCCUUUUCUGUGUGCAAUUAUUAAGUAUUGCAUAGUGGUUUCAUCAUGCAGUUGCAAAGAACUAAAGUCAAAGAAGCACCGAUGUGGUGUCCCAGUGUCAGAUAUAAAGGAGAUAUUGUACAUUUUGUAAAUUUUUGUGUAAAUUUUGAUGUGAAAAUGAGAAUAAAGAAAAAAUUAACCUAAUGACUUGUGUUCAAGUGAUCUGGUGUACUAGUUUGUUGUAUUAUUUAUUAUGUGCAGACACUGCAUGUCUCUUUAUUUAUUUU